UGGGCAGCGCUUAUAAAUAAACGGUAGUCUCGAGGUUGAAGAAAGAAAAUCACAAGCAAAAUUCAAGAAAUUUGUUUGAACAAGGAAAAUGGGUUUGAAGGAGGAAUUUGAGGAGUAUACCGAGAAAGCUAAGACCCUCCCGGCGAGCACUACGAACGAUGACAAACUCAUUCUCUACGGACUCUACAAGCAAGCGACUGUUGGACCAGUGAAUACCAGUCGUCCCGGAAUGUUCAACCUGAAGGAAAAGGCCAAGUGGGAUGCAUGGAAGGCUGUUGAAGGGAAAUCUUCGGAGGACGCGAUGAACGACUACAUCACCAAGGUGAAACAGCUGCAGCAGGCUGCUGGUGCAUCUUCUUGAUGUGUGACAAA